AUGUUGCGUCGAAUAGUGUCCCUUGGCCAGCAGGCUGAUGAAGGGCACGCAGAAGCCGACAACAUGUCUCCAUCGCCUGGAGACGAUGCCGACACCAAGCCUUCGGGUGGACUUGCCAGCGUUCUCAAGACCCUGACUGGUGGUGUGAAAUCUUCGAAAUCGACCGCAAAGACCCAAGAUUUGCCAGCGAGCACCAAUCAAGACGAGCGACCGAAUAAUUCAAGAACCGCCAAUGGCCUCCCACCAAACUUCAUGGAAGCGCUGGAGCAGCUGCGAGUAGGGUCGUCCUUCAGCGAGCGAAUCGCAGCUGCCCAGUUACUCCGCCUAGCUGUCAUUGAUUACCCGUUGAAUCCAGUCCUGGACAUAUGGUACGCUGCCAAGGAUAUGAUCGACCCUGGAAACCCUGGACCUGUACGAGUUGCUGGAUGGGAGCUCCUAGCCGCCUGCGUCAAACAUGCCUCCUCUACAGAUCUAGAGCGCAAGGAAUAUUUUAUGACCGUCACUGCUCUGGCGAAUCCAGAUGACUUUCGAUUGCAGCUGAAGGCGCUCAUCGACCUCACCAACCACGGACGAAAUCUCUCGGGAUUCGAAUAUGAAGUAUAUCCAUUGGUGACGAACUGGUUGGAGAUGAGGUUCGAUGCGGCGAAAACGGCCAGAAAGCAAGCGUCCCGCACCAAGGGGAAAGGAGUUACCCCCGAAGAGGACGUCGACUUUGCCAAUUUGUUUGCCUAUGUGAUGGACUUGAUCAAGUUCAACUUCAGCGUUAUGAGCGACCAGGCUGCCCAGGCAUUGAUUGACGCAUUAGUGAGCAUCUGUCUCAACACGAGUGGCACGGAUGAUUUGCGAGCCUGUAUCGAUGUAAUGGGUGCUAUUAUAACAUUCGGAGCCAUCCCCAACGGCAAACUCAAAGACUGUGUGCAGGUGCUCAGCUCAGUCUAUUGCCUGGUGACCACUCUGCAGAAGGAGGCCUGGCAUGCACUUAGCAUGCUCUGUCGGUCUCACUAUGGCCAUGCGGUUGUGAGAACACUGCUUAAUGCAUUGAGAGAGACCGACAACGACACAGAACAGUCCAAAGAAGGCACCAGGAAUAUACGCGGCGCGCUAGCUGUCCUCCAGAAGCUCGUUUCAAAGAGUACAGAAAAGGGUUAUCCUCCAGUUGCCUAUGGCUUGCUUGUCGACGGACUGGCUACCGUAACCAACUCGAUAACGACUUGGAAAAUACAUCUCGAUGUUCUUCGAUUAAUCAACACUCUAUUCGAUGGUCCCAAAGGCCAGAUGAACCCCAUGAUUAUUGAUGAAGACUGGACCGCCAUGUUUGAUGUCGCGAACACGUGCGUGACGACUCAUCUUUCAUCCACGACAAACGAAGAGGUGGUCAACUCUUCCAGCUCGAGUGAAAGCUCGGAAUCAUUACAGUCGACCUUGGGAAAAGAGGUCGCCACGCUCAUCUCCAUUCUUGAGACAGUCCUGGUCGCGCAGGCUGGCGCGCUCCUGCAGAGACAGAGCUGUAUCAUUUUCUUUAGCAAGAUCAACAAGAUUUUGCCCGACUCGGCCGCCACCCUGGUUCUGGACUACUUUACAGAGUUUAGGUGCUGCUAUCCGUCUGACCUCGAAUGGGAAGAUAACCUGAGGCUUGUGCUUGAUGUUUUGUUUGCUAACCGCACAAGAUCUUCACAACUUCGGGUGCAGGCCUUGCGUGUUGUCACCGAGGUGUACGACAUGGUUGAGCUGGUAAAUGAUCAGCUUGAGCCCGACUUCGUUCCCAAGCUGGUCAAGAGUAUACUUCGGGACGUAGCUGAAGAAAGCGAUAUCGAUGUUCUGCAAGAUAUUGUUUCCUUUACUGUCGGUAUCGCCAGCAGUGGAGAUCACCCGCUGUUUCACUACAUCGUGGACACGCUUUGGGGAAUCUUGACUGUUGACCGACUGCGAUCGCCAGCCGCACCUACAGCCUCGCCGCCUGGGGAAGCUCACGUAGAACAAGCGAUUUCGCAAAGCCCUUCUGAUGUCGUUGCCAAGGGCUACGUGCGAAUAUUCGUGCAUGUUAUGCACACGGAUGCGACCAAAGCAAUCCGGCUUUUCAGUUUGCUUGUCUCUAUGGUUAAGUCCAACUCGACUCAACCUGACGCACGUCUGACUGCAAUGAAGCUUCUCUUCCGUCUCAGAGCCGACUGGGCCAAUCGUGUGUACAUCACAACAUUUACCGAAACCGAACACCUGGCCGCCUCACUGUAUCGAACUGAUGAAUCGUUAAACAAGAAAUUGGCCGAGGAAGCAGCUCAACCAAGUCGAUUGUCUCGAGGCGAGGCUGGUUCCGGCCGCGGUUCUCGAGGUGUUUCCGUUGGUCAUGGCCAGACUCAAGAGAGAACCAUUGCUGAGAGGGGCUCUAUUGCACGAGCAAGCUUGAAGGGCUUUGCCCCAGGAUACCAACAGCUUUGGUCGGCUUCAGACCUUGACGUCUUGCCUGAUCGCGCAUCGCGCCUUGCAAGCCCUGUCUUGUCCUCUGCGCAAAAGCCAGAGCUCACUCUGGACGUCACUAAAGAAGAGGCCGUUGAGGGCGUCACAGAAGAAGAAGCCAUCCCCGAUGACACGGAAAAGACAGACCAGCCUCAAGUAGCAGCUCUACCAACAUCUGAAUGGCUAGACGCAAUCGUGAGCCUGCUACAAGGCUCUGACUGGGAAGUCCAAAGCUAUGUUUUAGUGUAUUUGCCAUCCCAACUCAGCAAUCAUGCACUCUUCAAAGGUGCGAUCACCCAAAUACAGGAGCUCCGACGUGUCCUCUGUGAGCUCAUUAGAACAAAUGGAUUUCGCGAGCCUCCCAGCGCCACAGGUUUACGACGUGCUGACGUUGCAAUCUGUCUCUUCCAUGCUCUCACCAUGAUUCUCAGCUACCAUCAACACUUUCAAAAAACCGAGGAGGAUGAGAUCGUUGCUACCUUUGUACGAGGUAUAGCCGCUUAUGAGCGCACUGCAAAAUGUUGCAUUCACGCUCUCUCUAUAUGCUGUUAUGAACUGCCCCUAUCAACAAGCAAGGCUUUGGUGACGAUCCUCCAGAAGAUGUCACAAAUCAUCACCCAGCCAUCGAUUGCUAUGCACAUUCUAGAAUUUCUUGCUUGUCUAGCACGGCGCCCUUCCCUGUACAGCAACUUCCGGGAGGAUGAAUACCGGAUUGUGUUUGGUAUAUGCUUCCGCUAUCUACAAUACGUCAGGGACAAGAAGCGAUCGUCGCGCGUGGGUAGUAUUGCGAGCGACCAUCAUGCCAUGCUACCCGGCCUCCAUGGAAACCAAACACACCCGAAUGCUUCCGACGACCUUCCCCAGUACGUGUAUGCAUUGGCCUACCACGUCAUUACUUUCUGGUUUCUGGCCCUGAAGCUGCCCGACCGGGCAAAACAUGUAGGGUGGAUCGUCAAGAGUCUCUUUACAGAUGUCGACGGUUCGGAAGUCACAGAAGAGCAGUCGCAAGUCACAGUUGACUUCAUGCAACGAGUGACAUAUGCCAACGUUGGCGAGUCGGCUGAUGAUCCACUGUUCACGCCUGAGCGAUAUGGAGAGAUCGUACGUAGGCGUUGGCUUAUUGGCAACAGUGUUGUAACUGUCGAGCAAGCCACGAGCAGUGGAUGGGCUCAGAUCACAAAGCGGCAGCCCUCCGGAACAUCGUCCUAUAUGAUUCGAGAAACUCUCCUUCAACCUCCAGCCCAUCAAGAGCAUACUACCAACGAAAUGAUGGGCGCUGAUGGCCACCGUGAACCCAGCGACAAUGUCCUUCCCAGCCACCUCCUUGUUCAAGUGCUUUCUGCGCUACCCCAGUGCACCGACCAGGCACGGCCAAUACCUCUACCAGAUGAUGAUUCCGUCAACCGAGCUCUGAGAAUGUUUGACCAUAGCUCAACUGUUGAUGGUCACAAAGUCGGCAUUAUCUACAUCGGCGAAGAUCAAACCGAUGAAGUGGAUAUAUUGGCCAAUGUUUCUGGAAGUCGAGAGUAUGUCGAGUUUCUCAACGGCAUCGGCACAUUGACCAAGCUGAAAGGUGCUACAUUCAACACUCAGGGUCUGGAUCGUCAAUACGAAAGCGAUGGUGAAUUCACCAUCUGCUGGAGAGAUCGGGUUACCGAGAUUGUCUUUCACGUCAUCACACAGAUGCCAACCAACCUAGAGCGAGACCCGCAGUGCGCUCUCAAGAAACGCCACAUUGGAAAUGACUUUGUAAACAUCAUCUUCAACGACUCGGGCUUGCCUUUCAAGUUUGAUACAUUUCCAUCUGACUUUAACUUUGUCAACAUCGUCAUUACUCCCGAAUCACGAGCUUCGUUCGUCACUACUAGGCAGAGGGCGCCGAUGGGCGUGAGAGAGUCAUUCUACAAUGUUCAAGUCAUGAGCAAACCCGGCUUUCCGGAGAUUUCUCCUGCCUCGGACAUGAAAAUUGUCAGCCUCAAAGCACUGCCCGACUUCAUUCGUCUGAUCGCGCUCAAUGCAUCAGUUUUCUCUCUGGUGUGGGCCAACCGUGAAGGUGGUGAACAUAUUUCGUCUUGGCGCCACCGCCUCAGGGAGAUUAUUCGACUGCGGGAAAGAUACGCACCCAAAGGUGCCGGUCAUAGUCAUGGGCCUUCACCAUCACCACCAGGCACUGCAUUCGGUGGCGGAGCUUUAGCAAACGCUCUCAGCGUUCAUGGGGAUCUGAGCCGACCGGGAAGUGCAGUGCGUGAUAGUUUCAGCAGCUUGCGACGAUCAUCGGUUGCUACGUUCUUCUCCAAUACUAGCGAGCAAAAUACCCACUCCCACAGAUCUUCCAUCUUGUCGACGGCCCCUACAGAAACUACAGAAGUUGUGCACCCAAAUAACUGCGAUACUGUUGUCGACAAACUCGACUUUUCGAAAUGGGCUUGA